UCAUCACCACAAGACAAGUAAAGUUUUGCUGUUUGAAUUGGGGGCGCGGAAGGUGGAACAUUAGCGCGCUUGGUAGCUAACUGUCCAUGGGAUUGCGUUACCAUGACAAGGAAUGUCACCAACCAUUAGUAUAUUAAUAAUGCCAACGUAGAGUGGUGUGAUAGCAAUGAAAAUAAGAAUACGCGUUUAUUCAACUGUUCUAGUGUUCCGCAGUUCUUUUGCAAGAUGACACAAUCUGUAGUUGUACAAGUCGGCCAGUGUGGCAAUCAGGUGGGCUGCAGAUUCUGGGAUCUGGCUCUCAGAGAACACGCUCAUGUCAACAAAAAAGGAAUUUAUGAUGAAGCAUUAAGUAGUUUCUUCAGGAAUGUCGACACCAGGAAAAAUAACGGCGAGGGCAGCGAUAUCGCUGGUGGAAAGAUCCGGUGCCUCAAGGCCAGGGCCGUUCUCAUUGACAUGGAGGAAGGAGUGGUGAACGAGAUUCUGCAGGGCCCGCUCAGAGACGUGUUUGACAGCACCCAGCUCAUCACGGACGUGUCAGGAUCCGGCAACAACUGGGCCGUGGGGCACAAGGUGUACGGGUCGGCGUACAGGGAGCAGAUUGUGGAGAGAUUGCGGAAGGCGGCGGAGCACUGCGACUGCCUGCAGUGUUUUUUCCUCAUACACUCCAUGGGUGGAGGGACUGGGUCUGGACUGGGGAGCUGUGUGCUCAAUCUCCUGGAGGACGAGUUUCCUGAGGUCUGCAGGUUUGUCACUGCAGUGUACCCUUCAGCGGAGGAUGAUGUCAUCACCUCCCCCUACAACAGUGUCCUUGCUAUGCGUGAGCUGACGGAGCAUGCUGACUGUGUUCUACCUGUGGAAAACCAGUCAUUGGUUGACAUUGUGAAUAAGAUAAAGCACAUGGCCAACACUGGAAAACCUGGCUCUGUCAUCAAGAAGGACAGCACCCUCAUUUCUGGGCAGGGCGGGGUCAGCAAAUCCGAGAAGCCCUUUGACGCCAUGAAUAACAUAGUGGCCAACCUGCUGCUGAAUUUGACCAGCUCCGCUCGUUUUGAGGGCUCGCUCAACAUGGACCUGAACGAGAUCACCAUGAACCUGGUGCCCUUCCCCCGGCUGCACUACCUUGUGUCCAGCCUCACCCCGCUCUACACGCUGGCCGACGUCAACGUCCCCACCCGCAGGCUAGAUCAGAUGUUCACGGACGCCUUCAGCAAAGACCACCAGCUGAUCCGGGCCGACCCCAAACACAGCCUGUACCUGGCCUGCGCCCUCAUGGUCCGGGGCAACGUCCAGGUGUCCGACCUCCGCAGGAACAUCGAAAGGCUGAAGCCCUCCCUGCCGUUCAUCUCCUGGAACCAGGAGGGCUGGAAGACGGGGCUGUGCUCCGUGCCUCCCGUGGGCCACUCCCACUCCCUGCUGGCCCUGGCUAACAACACAUGCGUGAGGCCCACCUUCAUCGACCUCAGAGACCGCUUCACCAGGCUCUACAAGAAGAAGGCCCACCUCCACCACUACCUGCAUGUGGAGGGCAUGGAGCAGGGCUGCUUCACGGAGGCCAUGUCUUCCCUGUCCUCUCUCAUAGAGGAGUACGGCCAAUUGGACGCCACCAAGAAUCUCCUGAUGCCCGACGCCCCCAGACUCAACAUAGCUACAUGACGGCCCUUUGCUGUCAAUCAAGCAGGCUUUACUGUCGACGUCAGUCUCGGUCAUCUGAGUUUGCGCCUGCAUGUCUGUCCAUGUGUCUUAUGUUCAUUUUUGUAACUGCUUGAUACAGGCAGGAGGCUAUUUUUAUAUUGUAAUGUAUUUCCUGUUUAUUUACAAGUUAUAGAGCACUUUGUACACUUUAACAAUUAGAUGUAUUUUUUUUCAAUGCAAUAAACGUUUAAAACGUCUGAAA